AUGAUACCGGCUUCGUACGCCUCGUCGCCUAUAGGCUUCUUGCUACCGGCAUUAGUGCUUAUCUACCAGGGACAGGGACGAGCACGACCGCGGCGCAUCCGCGUCUCGCGAAUCCACCGGAGGCGGGGAGGGACAAGCAAGGAUGAAGACGACGUCAAACUCCGUAUGAGGAUGUCACAGGAGCGGCUAAAAUAUAACGAUGCACGCUCACAGGAGCUGAGAAAAAAAGAAGGAUCCGGUCACGGUUCCGAUCUAGAUUUUCUCGGCCGGUGGAGAGUUAGACACCAUAUCCCGGCAAUGAACCAUUGGACCCUGCUAGUCCGAGAUCCUAAAGCGAUCUCUCCAAGGACUCUCCCCGAUCGACGAUCAAUCAAGCGAUCAAUCAAGCGGAAUGCGCACCGCAUUACUGGAUGGGGCACAUAG